UGCAGUUGGGAAUGGAAGAUGGCGAGUGUAGAAACCGCUGCGGAGCACGAACGAAUUUUACGGGAGAUUGAAAGCACCGACACCAACUGUAUUGGACCUACUCUCAGGUCCGUUUAUGAUGGCCAGGCACAUGGACUGUUUAUGGAGAAGUUGGACGGGAGGAUCCGCAACCAUGACCGCGAGAUCGAGAAGAUGUGCAACCACCACUUCCAGGGCUUUGUGGACUCCAUCACAGAGCUGCUCAAAGUGCGAGCAGAGGCCCAGAAGCUGAAGAGUCAGGUGACUGAAACCAACGCAAAACUCCAGGAGGAUGGAAAACAGAUGGUUGGGACGAUGGAGGAGCUGAAGCAGUGUCGGGUGCAGCAGAUGAACAUCGCCACCACCAUUGAGAAGCUGACACGCUGCCUGCCAGUUUUGCAGAUGUACAGCAAGUUACAAGAACAAAUGAAAGCCAAAAGGUACUACCCAGCUCUGCGGACAUUGGAGCAGCUAGAACAGAACUGCCUGCCGCAGGCGGGAGAGUACCGCUUCUGCACCAUCAUGGCCGAGAACAUCCACUGCCUGCGGGAGCGCAUCCGGGACGAGUCCAUGUCCGACCUCAAGGACUUCCUGGAGAGUAUCCGCAAGCACUCGGACAAAAUUGGCGAAACAGCGAUGAAACAGGCUCAACAGCAGCGCUCCAUGAACAGUGCGGGCAUGCAGCAGCCGCAGCAGCGAGGGGGGAGCGGCCGACGCGCCCGGAAGGAGAUGGCCAUCACUGAGCUGGAGGGCCAGAGCGGCAGCCCUCUCUCCGAGCAGGACUCUGGCAUCCUGGACGUGGAGGACGAAGAGGAAGACGAAGAGGACGAGGUGCCCGGCGCACAGGAACUGGUGGACUUCUCUCCUGUCUACCGCUGUCUGCACAUAUACACCGUCUUGGGUGCCAGAGACACGUUUGAGAACUACUACAGGAAGCAGAGGAGGAAACAGGCACGGCUGGUGCUGCAGCCACACUCCAAUAUGCACGAGACCCUGGAUGGCUACAGGAGGUACUUCAAUCAAAUCGUAGGGUUCUUUGUUGUGGAAGACCACGUUCUGCACACGACUCAGGGCCUGGUGAACAGGGCAUACGUGGAGGAGCUUUGGGAAAUGGCUCUCUCCAAGACCAUCGCAGCCCUGCGCACACACUCGUCAUACUGCACUGAUCCUGACUUGGUGCUGGAUCUGAAGAACCUCAUUGUGCUUUUCGCAGACACAUUACAGGGUUACGGUUUCACGGUAAACCAACUGUUUGACAUGCUACUGGAGAUGAGAGAGCAGUAUGGCGAGAUCCUGCUGAAGAGAUGGGCCUUGACCUUCAGACAAAUCCUGGACCAGGACAACUACAGCCCCAUUCCCGUGGCUUCUCCAGAGGAGUAUCACAGCAUCACAAGUCACUUCCCCGUCCAGGACCCAGAGCUGGACAAGAUUCCUUUCCCCAAGAAGUUGCCGUUCUCAGAAUUUGUGCCCAAAGUCUACUGUCAGCUGAAGGAGUUCAUCUAUGCCUGUCUGAAGUAUUCAGAAGAUCUUCAUCUCAGCUCUACAGAGGUGGACGACAUGAUCCGCAAAUCCACUAACCUGCUGCUCACAAGGACUCUCAGCAACUGCCUUCAGUACGCCAUCAAGAAGAAGAAUGUAGGCCUAGCAGAGCUGGUCCAGAUCAUCAUCAACACUUCACACCUGGAGCAGUCCUGCCAGAAUUUGGAGGAGUUCAUCUCCUACAUCACCAACGUCCCCCACGACAACAUGAACGCCACCAAACUCUACGGCACCUCAACCUUCAAGGAUGCGCGGCAUGCGGCUGAGGAGGAGAUCUACACUAAGCUCAACCAGAAGAUCGACCAGUUCCUGCAGCUGGCCGAUUACGAUUGGAUGGCAGCCCAGGGGGCGGGGCAGGCCAGCGACUACCUGAGUGACCUCAUCGCAUUCCUCUGCAGCACCUUCGCCGUCUUCACCCACUUGCCUGGGAAGGCCAUAGAGCACAGCACUCUGCCGGGCAAGGUGGCCCAGACGGCCUGCAUGUCUGCCUGUAAGCACCUGUCCACCUCGCUGCUGCAGCUGCUGCUGGAGGCUGACGUGCGCCAGGUGUCUAUGGGGGCGCUGCAGCAGUUCAACGUGGACGUCAAGGAGUGCGAACGGUUUGCCAGGGCGGGCCCGGUGCCUGGCUUCCAGGGGGACACGCUGCUGCUCGCCUUCAUCGACUUGAGACAACUCCUCGACCUCUUCACCCAGUGGGAUUGGUCCACAUACCUGGCUGACUACGGCAGGCCCACCUGCAAGUACCUGCGCGUGAACCCCCACACCGCCCUCGCCCUGCUGGAGAAGAUGAAGGACACGAGCCGGAAGAACAACAUGUUCUCCCAGUUCCGAAAGAACGAGCGCGACAAACAGAAGCUGAUCGACACUGUGGUGAAGCAGCUGAGGAACCUCAUCUCCUCCCACCAGUCCUGAGAAUGUCUUGCUAUUGGCUGUUGCCCGUCAGCUGAUGCUUAUUUGCCUCUCCUCAUUGGUCACUUAAAGUAUGCCCUCCUAGAUUUGCAACAUGUGCUUCCCAUCCCAAUGUACAGUACAGCUCCCUAGUCACGGAACCCUCAGAGAUGUUCAUUUUUAUUAUUAUAAGUAUAUUUACUAUAUUCUGAUAAUGUGCCACUUGCCUCAUAAUGUCAUCUUUUUCCCCCUCAUAAGUUUCAUGUUAUAUGAGACAUAAAGUCAUUAUAAGCCAAUUUAUAAGGCAGUUUCUGUCUUCCACUUUGCCAUUAUGUCCACACGUCCACCUCCCAUCGAAUCCACAUCUUGUUGUAGGAUUGGCCCCAGGCAUAUGGAUGCCAUAUCACUCCCCAUCGACUCAGUCCACAGCAGAGUUGGUUGGGAAUGCAGACUGUGCCAUUGCCGUGUCUCCCCCGGCCCCCCACGGAAAGAGAGCGUUCACAAGAUGCUGGAGAAUAUUUUCGCCCAUUCAUUGCACAUUCAACGCUGUCGGGGUGGUACCAUAGAGUUACUGAUGCCUGUGUGUGUGCGCGCGUGUGUUUUUACAACUGUUGAAAGACUUGUGUUUGUAUAGGAUCGAGUGAUUUGACUGCGCAAAGUAUCGGUCGCCUUAUUGCCCCCUGUGGUCAUCGCUCCCGAGUUUUCUUGCCUGGUUGAACUGGAACACUCAAAACUGAUUGUAGGCGCUAGCCAAGAUAACCAUAGGAAGCUUUUAGCGGGCCACAGAUGGAGAAGGUAUAUUUUUCAUUGGCGAUAGAGUUUUGAACUCAUAAAGAAAGCCGAGUGCCAUUAUAGCCUUCACGUUGAGCCUUAAUUCCUUUUGUUGUGCUGGACAUGCCUUAGCAGGUUUUGCAAUUUACAAGUGUAGGAUGUAUAACUCUACUGUUUUCGACACUUUUUUGAUUACAUUGUGAAACAGUUUAGUGCAGCCACUGGAUACAAAGGGUCUAGUCUUUUCUUCCAUUUACAUUAGUGUGUAUGUGUGCAUGGGCGUGCGUGUGUGUUAGCGAGAGAGCUGGAGACCUGGAGAGAGAGAGAGUGUGUGUGUGCAUGCACCUGUGUGUGCGUGCGUGUGUGCAUGCGAGAAAUAUAGUGUCAGUGCACUUUUCAGCUGCAGUUAAACAUUACAUUUGUACAAAAGUAUUGAGCAUUCAUUUUCCUAUCUUAUUUUAAUCCUUUUCUGGUUGAUGGGUGCAAUACAGGAUCUGAGUGGUUUCGAGAUGUAGGGAAUUUAGAGGUCAAAGAAGGUCAUGUCCACUUGAUGUGUUUUGUGUUACUUAUUGAAAAAUGUUACAAAUCUGACAUAACUACGCCCCAGGCAAAAGGGAUACAGGUUAGUUGAGAAAUACGAAAGGGAAGAUAAGUCUAGUAAUUCUCUUGACAGCUUUAAAGGGAAAACUUCCAGAUUUUAAAGGAUUAAUUGUUUGUCUGUCUCUGUCUGCCCCCCGCCCCAUCCAUAUUUGGAACGCCAACUAAUGACUGAGGUUUUAUUUGAGAAAAAGACACAUGAUUGAACUUCUGUGUUUGUUUAUGUGUUUAUAUGUUCAUCUUUAGCUUUUUUUUUUUUUGAUAAAGCGUCCAAGUGAAUGGAGAUCUCCCAUUGGUUUUAUUGGGACGUUCUGUUAACUGACACCGCUGCACUAUGCCCUUUUGUUACGUUAAACCACUAAUGAAUAACUUUGCAAUACUAAUAAAGCUUAAAAUGGCCAAGAGCAAUACUGAAUAAAUCAACUAAACCUA